UUUUUAUCAUAUGCUCAUUCAUGAAGGGUACGGAGGAACCUCGCGCUUCUGAGUGAGGCGCCGAAGGCUGUCAGAUGGCUUCAUGCGAGGACUAGAGCAAUAUAUGUAUAGUCUCUACUGUGCAAAAUAAGAUGCAUGAGGAUGCGUCUCGCCGUCCCGCUCGUCCGCGCGGUGUCGACCUCGGCCUCAGGGUACCUGAAGGUGGGCGACGCGCUGCGCUCCGACCGGCGGCGGUUCACGGAGGGCGACGUGGCGGCGUACGCGGCGGUGAGCGGCGACCGGAACCCGGUGCACCUGGACGAUGCUGUCGCCCGUGGGGCUGGCGGGUUCUCGCGCGGCCGCGUGGUCCACGGAAUGCUCGCCUCCUCCCUCUUCCCCGCCCUCAUCGCCUCCCGCUUCCCUGGAGCCGUGUACGCCAGCCAGUCGCUCAGGUUCGCGGCGCCGGUGCACGUCGGCGACGAGGCGGUCGCGGAGGUGAAGGCGCUCAACAUCAAGACCAGCAGCGGAAGGCACAUCGUCAAGUUCUCCACCAAGUGCUUCACCAUUGGUGGUGAUGAAGACGACGACGAGGAGGAGACUCCCGCGAUCGACGGCGAGGCCAUGGCGUUCCUGCCCACGCUGCAGCUCAGCUCGCAGGGCAUUGCUGACUGAUUUAUCCUGUGCAACUGAUUACAUCAAAAUGUGGUGUUUUGCGCAAAAAACAAACCAUUGUUGUGUGCAAAAAAUGCCCUAACUAGUGGUGUUAUGCCCUUUCUGUAGUUAAAUAUGAAGGAGGUAUGCUUCUGAUCAAAAUGCCUGACAGCUCAUUAACCUUGUUCGUAGUUCAAUGGCAAAACAAGGUUUCGUUUGAGUUGCUUAAUUUUCUUUAUGUCCUGUGGAUACUAGAUAAUUUUGGUUUCAUUUUCACACAUGCAUUUCUGUGUCUGUGUCUCUUCAUACAUACAAUUGUCGUCACUUCUGUGGGUAGUUUGUUUCUUAACAGUAGAGCAUUUGGAUCUAUAUGCUAGAGAGCUGCUUUCUAUGUUGGAGCACCAGUGAGAUAUCAUACUCAUUAUAUCUGAGAGCCGCCAAUGUUUUUCUUUCCACAUACAGUUCCUCUACUCUUUGCUCCCGUUCAUCCACUGUUAAUUGUAAUCCAGGCUAAAGGCUUUAUCUUCUUAAUGCCUUGUUUUAUUAGUGUUAUCAUAUGCUCCACCAUGUUUGAGUAAUUCUUAGUGUGAUGUAUAUCUCUCUGUCAGGUGCUUAGACUGGCGUCUCAGUGCUGGAAUGCUUUUAUUGAUCAUUCAGUUUACAAGGCGCAAAUACAGAACUCACUUGUAAGGGGCAAAUAACCUUGAAAAAUAUAAAUAGUAUCACCGGUAGCUCAAUUCAGGACACUAAGUUAGGUUUCGCAUGUGACAAGGUUAGUCAUAGCGAAAAACAGCUUUUCCUAAGUGCUAAUGUAUGUCUCCUUUUGUUAAAGAGAACAUUGGAAGAUCUUCAUCAGAAGGAUUUAUUCCAUUGCAACCCAAAGUCUCUCCUUAAAAGGUCCGUUCCCAUGAUGUACUACUUUCUGUGGUUCAGUAUUUGGUAAUCAUAUACUGUAAUUUUCCUUGCUAGUUACAUUGUGUAUAUAUUGGAUUAUUGGUUCACGGAUUACAUUGUGCUUAUGAUAUGAUCUGAAACUUGAAUUGGUUGAAUCUUACAGAUAAGGAAACUUGAGGCGUCAGUUGCACCAAAAGUGGAGUGCUGUAGAUAUUUGCCAGUUACCUUCUUAACUUGGCAUAAUUGGUACUGGUUUGGUGGUAAUUACCGUUCGUUCAAUUUAUCUUCAUAUACGGUGAAGAAAUGUCGUAAUUAAAUACCAAACAAAUAAGCUAUUUAGUAGCAAGGCCCCAACACUUUCCAAGUUUACCUUUGACAAAUAAUGUCAUACAGGAAGCCUUUUCAUCUUUUAAAAAAAAGUAGCUUUAGCACAUCCUGCAUUGGAUAACGAGUAGACAGAUGUUGAAAAUUAAGUUAGUGCUUAAACGUGCCAGGGGUGCUAGUAACAUGUGCCUGCCCUUCUCUGAUUACCUCGUAGUGAUGGAUGGCUAACUGGCCAGCCGUGUGCUAGCUAGGAUUAACAGGCUAUUAGCUAGUUGUAAUUAUUUUUUUGGCUUGUUCUUUUGUUGUGAUUCAUCUCCUCUCGUCGGGAACAAUGGGAACCGGCCAAGAAGACAGUAGCGGCUUCUGCGAGGACCGUGGGAUCUGGGUCACUAUUUGGUAAGUCAAGCAACCUUUUUCCAUCUAUAGAUGAUAUAGAAGGACUAGUUCCCAUUUCCAAUAAAGUGCAAUUCUCAGCCUCCGGGCCUCCGGCUUCCCCAAGGAGAUACCCUCUUCCACCUCCAGAUCUGCAAAUCAUGGUGACACUCUCUCCAGAUCUGCAAAUCAUGGCGACGCUCUCUCCAGAUCUGCCGGACGAACUUGUCCAUGAGAUCCUCUUCCGCCUCCCGCCAGAUGAGCCCGCGUGCCUUUUCCGUCUCUCCGUACUCUCCAAUCCCUGGCGCAAACUCCUCUCCGAUCCAGAUUUCCACCACAACUACCGCAAGUUCAAUCGAUCGCCUCCUAUGCUCGGCUUCAUCUACAACAAUGAGGUGAGCUCUGUCACUCACUUUGUCCCCACCACAAGGCCCUGCCCCCCAUGCACUUUUGACCCCCAGAUGGCUGAAUUCAUCGUGUGCGAUUGCCGCCACGGCCGUGUCCUCCUCGACAACGGUAAGUUGUCCAUGGAGCUUGCGGUCUGGGACCCCAUGACGUGCCGCCGAAAAGACCUGAGCGACCCCUGCAGGUCCUUGUUCUAUCUCGGGACCGCAGUGCUAUGUGCUGUGUACGGCUGCGACCAUGCUACUUGCCACGACGGCCCUUUCCAUGUUGUUUUUGUCGGUAUUGAUGCAGAGGCGGGGAGCACAACCGCCUACAAGUACUCGUCGGAGACGGGUGAGUGGAGCACGCCGACGUCUGAGCUUGCCCUCUUCGACGAGCAUGACAUUGUCGUGGAGCCUGACCUCUUCGACGAGCUUGGCCCCGUUGACGACGGCUACGUUGCUGUGUUGCACAGUGUGCUCGUUGAAGACUCCCUCCACUUCCUCCUCAUGUCUGGGCCACAAGGCUCUCGAAUUCUCAAGUACGACGUAGGAAGGCAUUUCCUCUCGGUGAUCGUCCUGCCGGCGGCUGUUCAUUACCGGAACACCAUUCUCAUGGCAACAGAGGAUGGAAGGCUGGGAGUCGCCCACCUGGACAGGCUUAUCCUUCACCUGUGGUCAAGGGAGGUGGGUCCUGACGGAAUUGCAGCAUGGGCGGAAUAUAGAGUCAUCAGCCUUAUGCCGUUUCUCCCCAUUGGAGAUCCUGCGAUCAAAGUGGAGUUGAUUGGCUCUGUGGAGGGUGCCAAUAUCAUCUUCGCCACCACAGCUCUUGGCGUCUAUGCUAUUGACCUCAAGUUGCUGCGGUCAAGAAAGUUGUGUGAAGGACAAGCCAUUCGACCGUUCUUUCCCUUCAUGAGCUUCUACUAUCCAGUUUCUGCAGAAUGGCAAACUGGAACAAGUUUUCUGGCAGGGGCAUCGGUUGCUGCGCGUCACCGGUGAUGUGUUGGACAGACCCCUGUGGUGUGUCUCACCAAUAAGAUCGAUAAUGUCAUAGAGUCAAUUAAGGGUUUGUGACGUAGUAAUGAACUAUUUCAGUACUAGGUGUUUUGGUGGCACUUUGUUGAUUUCUCAUGCUGUUUGCUUUUGUGAGUAACUUUACUUAAUUCAGUUCCAUAAUUUUGUCAACUGUGUCGGUGCGCGGGUGCGUGCCUGUGAACUUGCUAUAUGCUUUCAGUUAGUUGAUGAAGUUGGUGGCUUUGUCUUUUUGGGUU